AUGCCGGACACACCAGUGGAGGAAUCCCUUUUCCAAAUCAUCCACUGCUACCACCAGUAUGCAGCCCGCGAAGGGGACGUGGAGACCCUGACCCUGGAGGAGCUGAGGGCCCUGCUCACGGACAACGUGCCCCGCUUCAUGGAGACCUUGGGUCGGCGGGAGCCCUACUACGUCGCGGAGUUGUUCCGGGCGGCAGACAAGAACAAGGACAACCAGGUCUGCUUUGAAGAGUUCCUCUACAUCCUGGGCAAGCUGGCGAAGGAUUACCACCUGCAGUACCACCGGCAGCUGUGUGCCCACCACUGUGCCCAGCAUAACCUGUACUAG